AUGGCAGCUAGUAAAAAAUCUGCAAAACAAACUACGACGAUACCGACGGUUACAUCUCCGAUGUUUACGGAAUAUCGUCUUAAAGUUCCACCAUCUGAUACGCCACAUCACAAACCACGCAUAAUGUCAUCGUAUCGUACAAGUAUUUCAAAUAUACCUAAAUCAUCGCUCAGUUAUCCAACAACAAUUCCUCGGCCAACAACGCCACCCUAUCGUCCUAAUUAUUAUUUGCAUCAACAACAACAAGGUGAACAUUUACUAUAUGUUCUUAAAACAGCAGCAAUUUCUCGUCGAGCUGCAUCAGCUCACAUAUCGAAUAGUAGUAACAGUAAUAAUACUAUGAAUCCAUUACCAUUACAUCAACAACCACAUUUUUUAACAUCACCACUUUUACCACGGCCACAUCCACAAUACGGUCAUUUUCUUGCAUAUCUUAGACGACAAUCAUUAGCUCGUCUACGCCGUAAACAAGAACAAGAAGCAGGAAAUACAGAUACUAUUGACACAAUAGUAAAAUUUAAUUCAAAUAAAUCAUCAUUACAGUCAUUGCAAUCAACAUCAAAUGCAUCUCUUGGAACAUCAACACCAGAAAUAACAUCCGUGCCAAUCAUGUCUUUAGCAUCAAAACGACGAACACGACCAACAUCAUCGUAUCAUCAACAACAACGACGUCCAUCAUCGUCAAUGCCAACAAAUUAUCGUUUAACUUUAAAUCAAUCACCACCUCCCAGACGACCGCCACCAUCCACGCCUUCAAUACAAACUCCAAGAAACAAUUCAUCAGCUGAUCAAUCAUUAUUGAUAUCACCAAAAUCAGUUGUUCUGACACCAACAAAUUCAGUUAUUGAUGAAACAACAAAACUACCAUCAAUAAAAGCUCCGUAUGAAUUAGAAUUAAGUGGUGAUAUGCUUAAUUAUUGUUACGUUAGCGAUAGUGGAGUUAAAUAUCAAGGACAAUUACUUUGUACAUCUGUUUAA